GUUUGAGCCUAGCGAUUGUAAUGGUAGAUUUAGUAUGAAAUAUCACUUCGACUCAUUUAAACUAACUGAGGAUGAGAAAAAGAAAAUCGAAGAGUUUCUUUCACUUAUUCAAAACGCUCAAAAUUCUCCUGAAUGUCACCAGCUAGCUUUUAAAAUUCUAGCUGCACGCAAGUUUUCUGUUCCACAAGCUAUGGAAUUGUAUCAUAAUUACCAAACAUUUUUAGCCAGUGAACAGAUAACUCAGGUUGAUCCUUUCGACGAAGAUGUUAGACGUGAAUUAUUAUCAGGGAAAUUUGUUAUUCUUAAUGAUAAUGACAUACCUGGUGUUCGUGUAGCUCAGUUUUUUGUUAGAUUACAUCGAAAAUCAGGGAAUCAUCGUGCUUUGUUACACAGUAUUAUCUUUCAAUUGGAUGCUGCAUUGAAAAGAGAAACAGCUGCUAGAAAUGGUCUCGUAUUUAUUUUUGAUAUGACCGAUUCAAAGUAUUCCAAUUUUGACUAUGCAUUUUCAUGCAAAUUAUUCAAAAUGUUACGAUCCUCCUAUCCUGUGCGUCUUCGACGUGUAAUUAUCCUAACUGCUCCUCUAUGGUUUCGUGCUCCUUUCUUACUAAUGCGAGUAUUUAUUCGAGAAUUAUUUCAAGAUUGUGUAUAUGUACUUCGUCCUUCACCUGGAACUAAAUUAGAAGCACUUAGUCAUCCUGAUCCAAUUGCUUUAAAACGUGAUCAUUAUGCUUGGCUACAGACUGCUUUAUUAAGAACUGGAUGGUUAUUAACUGAAGCAGAACAGACAACACUUCCUAUCGGUCAUCGUGUUCAAACAUUGAGUGCAUUUUUUGGUCCAUCUUCUGAAUCCACUGGCUCCUUGUCCGAUUCCAGUGAUCAUGAAUUUCGUGAAGAUGAUGAUUGUUUUUCCAAUGGUCAAUUAGAUGAUACUGCUGCUACUGCUGCUGAUGAUGAUUUAUUGAGUGUUGAUGAUUUAGAUCCAUUCUCUUUGACUAGUUCAUAUUCCGGUGAAGCUGAAAGUUCCGAUUUAGAAGAAUGUACAUCGAAUGUAAUCAUGAAAACACUUUCAUCAUCUAAUUUAGAAAAGUUAAAUGAUAGUAAUUACAAUGCACGAUCCGUUUCGAAUCAUUCGGAAGCAUGCUCCUAUGAUCAUAAACGCCAAACAUUAUCAAAUUCAGAACAUGGUGGAACACCAACUCCACCGGUAGUUGCUAAACGCCCACAAUUGUCAAUUACAGCAAAUUUGAAUUAUGAUACUGUUGUAUCAGAUCAUACAAAUAAUUUUUCUUCCAAUGUAAUCACCUCAGGGAAUCAUCAUACAAUGGGUUUCAGGGAAGAUGUAUCAUCGACACGUAUGGAUCCUGUAACUCCUACUGCUGACAAUUUUACCAACCUACCUUCAAUGUCUGAUGUUUUUGAUGAAAAACAAACUGGUUUCAAUUAUUACGGGAAUCAUCCACAUGCACUUAAUUCAUCGUGUUCAUCUAGUACAUCAUUUUUCUCCACUGGUUCCAUUGGUAUACAUUCGACAAAGUGCAGUCCAACUGGAGAUAAACUUUCAAAUCAUUUAAUAACAUCCAGCUUACCGAAGACAACUGAAGUUGAAAGAAGACAUGGACAAUCGAAAGUUAUCCAUGAAACUUCAAGUGUAGCGACUUUUAAAGAUCAUGACUUACCUCUAGCAGAUGCGGAAAUUUCCGAUUCUAUUUGUUUAGUUCCUGUUCAAAAUAGAAUUGCUCCUCUUGCUCAAGAUGAAAUUGAAGAUCGAACUAUAUGCAGUCAUAAAAGUCCGAUUCAUACACCACAAGCUCAUGACUCGAAACUCAUUCACACUAGCCCUAUUUCAUCAGAUACUAUUCCUCAUUGGUCAAUUGGACGUCCUCAAGGUGAAUCAAUUCAUCAAGAUCACAAUUUCAUUUAUCCUACUACUGAAUUGCCAGCAGCAUCAUCAUCAUCACCAACAUCCUGUUUAAUGAACAAUAAUCAAAUUACAGAGAUGUCUCCAUUGAAUUCUUCAUCAGUAAAUUAUUUGAUUCCGUCAAAAUAUGAUAAAUUUAAUGAAUGGGCUGUACAAACUCCUCCUCCUCCUUCUUCGUCUUCGCCUUCAUUACAUCAUACGGCCAAUUAUAAAACACUGUCCAUUAUUAAUUCACCACCAAUCAAUAAUAAUAAUCUGUACACUGAUCAUCAUCAUCAUCAAAAUUCAUUAUUAUCAUCAUCAUCAUCAAUGAUGAUAGAAAGACAAAAAAUCUUCGAUGAAAUUGAUGCGAAUAUGAUUGAAAUCAAUAGUACUACAUCUAGCAGUGAUCAGCUAUCUGAUAGAAAUGAUGAUGAAGGUGCAAUUGUUGAUCAUGAUGACGAUGAUGACAUUGACAAUGAUGUUGAUGAUUUUGAACCAGUUGAAGAAAUCGAAGAAGAGGAUGAUGAAGAUCAAGAUGACGAUGAUGAUGAUGAUAAUUUAGAAGUGACUCAAACAAUCAAUAUGCAAGAGCAUUGGAUGAAUCCAAAUGAUUUAGUGGAACAUAUUGAAAAUGUUGGUUUAACUGGUUUGAAUUCUGAGUACAGUGCAAUUGUUCAAUUGAAAAAUGAAUAUACACAUAUUGCUUUCAAGCAUAUUCUUAAUCGAAGUAAAAAUCGUUAUUGUGAUGUAAUUUGUCAUGAUGCAACACGUGUUUAUCUUCAACCAUUAUUAUUACCGUCAUCGGAGAUUUCAUCUAGAAUUUCCACUGGCAGCGGUUGUAAUGAAGAGCCGGCAGUAAUGUCGUCGUGUUAUAAUACUCAAAAAUCCUCUACCUCACGUCUUCAUCGUACACAUUCAGCACCGAUAUCAGUGCAUACACUAGUGAAAAAUUAUAUUCAUGCAAAUUGGGUUGAUGGUUAUCGUCAGAAAAAUGCUUUCAUUUGUACUCAGGUAUGUAAAGAAUUCUGUGUUUAUACUUCUUCCAAUAUGUAUUAUUGUUGUUUUUUUCAGCUACAAGAAGUAAGAACAGUUGAACAUUUUGCUUAUUUUUCAUGGCCUGAUCAUGGUACACCGCAAACAACUGAAGGUCUAUUAGAUUUACUCACUUCAGUUCAGUCAACUUAUUCCGAUGAAAUUGAAAAAUUAGGCUAUCAAUCUUAUGAAGAUCAGAAAAUUCCACCUCCUCCAGUUGUUGUACAUUGUAGUGCAGGCAUUGGUCGAACAGGCACUUAUGUCACUGUGGAUAUCUGUACAAAAUGGUUAGCUGAUUCACGUAAUACACAGCAUAAAAUCAAUAUUCCUUUAACAGUUGCUCGAGUACGUUCACAGCGUUUCGGUUGUGUUCAAGUACCGUCACAAUAUUUAUUUUGUUAUCGUGCAAUUAUUGAUUUUGCUGUGAAAUACGGCUUAUUGGAUUCUGACAAGGCUCAACAAGCUUUAGAUUUAUUAUGCACUGAAUCGAAUUCUCAAACAUCCUCAUCGUCAGUAUUACCGCCGAAUUCAUCAUUUUAUCAGUCUACAUCAUUGCCUAGACCAUUUCAUGGACUCAUAGCAAAUUAUGUCAAUGAUGUUGCUCAUACAUUAUCGUCUUCAUCGACUUUUCAACAUCAUCGAAAUAUCGGGAGUAGUAGUAGUACUAACACUACUACUGCUACUUCUGCUACUCCUACUUUCAGUAGUCAUCAUUCACCUUUAUUAACUUCUACAUCGAUGAUUACUUCGAAUUCUUCAUCAAUGAAUCAUCAUAAUCGUAGUCCAUUCCAUGAAUUACUAGCUUUAUUCUCACCUACCAGUUUAGCAUCAAUUAAAAAUUCAAUUCGAUUUAAAAAAUAUAAAGAUUAUUUAAAUAAUUCAGAUUUAGUCACAACAAAUGGUGAUCAAGGUGUAGAGGAAAUUUGUAGUUUGGAUGUGACUUCUGACGAUGACAACAACAAUAACCAAAACACAAGCAGUGUAAAUCUUUUAACAUCAACAACUAUUUCUGCCACUACUAAUACUACUACUACUAUCCCCGACAAUAUUAGUAAUAUAGUAAGUCAUAACGAAAAUACCAAUGAGCCAGACCAAUCAUCAUUCACUGUAAAUCCACAUUUUAAUUUUAAUACUUCCUCGUCAUCUUCAUCAUUAUCAACUAAUAAUAGUACAACACAUUUACCUACAUCUGGACUGCCGGAUACAAUUAUUAACACUACUGAAUUCAUGAAUAUUACUACUACUAGUAGUAGUAGUAACAAUGAAAAUACUGUAUUAAUUGUUCAACCACCAUUUACUCGUCCAAUGAAACCGGCUAUUUUGAAUGAUGAUAAAUUAAAUCCAACUAUGAAAUCGAAUAUUAAUAAUAAUAAUAGUAGUAUGAAGAAAAUUCAAUCGACCACACAAUCAUUGGAUAAUAAUAAUUCUUGA